AUGGCAAGACUGUCUGCGGUUGAGCGGCCGGAUGACAGUGGACUGCGAGAGAGAAAGGCGAAGACGGUAGACGAGGCCGUCAAGCAGUCUGACGCUCUGGAGGCCGAUGGUGCUGCUGCUGCUCAGGCGAAGAAGAAGACCAUCGGCAGGACGCCAGACGGCACUGCAUUUACUGUGCCACAUACUCGGGACAUGGUCUCGCAGCUGCUCUCGCCCUCGGAGCCCAAGAACCUGUCAGACAUCCUGGUGCUGUCCAUCAUCGGCCUGCACAUCGUCCUGCUCUACCUACUGCCGUCCUUCCUGCGCAUUCCCAUCUUUGCGGUGCUCUUCCUCUCAUGGCGCGCUGCCUACAAUAUUGGCAUCGGAUGGCUCCUCCACAUGCAAUCAAACCACUCCACCAUGGUCCUCUGGGCCCGCCAGACCAAGAUAUUCGUCAAUCCGGCCACGGGAGAGAACCCGCAUCCUAAGCUGUACAGCUUCAUCAAGCGCGAGCUGGAGACCAAGAUACCCGAAGACUACUCCUUCGAAGAUGCGCCGAUAGAGUACAAUACCUGGCUCGUCUUCAGGCGGGUUGUCGACCUCAUUCUCAUGUGCGAUUUUACUUCCUACUGCCUCUUUGCGAUUGCAUGCGGUUCCCGGCCCGCAGAGGAGAACUUUUUGGUCCUCACGCUUCGUUGGAUCGUCGGAUUGGGCCUUGUCCUGUUCAAUCUCUGGGUCAAGCUUGAUGCGCACCGUGUUGUUAAGGAUUUUGCCUGGUACUGGGGCGAUUUCUUCUACCUGGUCGAUCAGGAGCUGACCUUUGACGGUGUCUUCGAGAUGGCUCCUCACCCCAUGUAUUCGGUUGGUUACGCUGGAUACUACGGAAUAUCCCUCAUGGCUGCCAGCUACAAGGUGCUCUUCAUCUCAAUUCUUGCCCAUGCGGCCCAGUUUGCCUUCCUUGUCCUGGUCGAGAACCCGCAUAUUGAAAAGACCUACAAUGCGCCUCCACCGAGAAAGAGAACUAUAGAAUCUCAUACCGGACCCUCUGGGGAAGAGAAAUCCAGCCGAAGACCGUCUGACAGCAGUGAUAUGGCUCCUCCUGCGUCUCCGGUUGCCCUGCCUUCCUCAACUCAUAACCUCGUCGGUGUUAAGAACCUCGAUCUCCACCGCAAUACCGACUCAUCCAUCAUCCUGAUUCAGCUACUUUUCUUUGCUCUUACCAUGCUCACCCCGUCCACGCCCAUAUACCAGUUCUUUUUCGUCCUAAACGCAGCCAUCUGGCGACUCUGGUACUCUGUUGGAAUCGGUUACAUCCUCAACUGCCAAUCCCACCGCCGAGAAUGGACCAGACACUUUGUCAAGUUUGGAGAGACCAAGGAAGAAGCCUGGAACCAAUGGAAAGGAACAUAUCAUCUCAGCAUGACCCUCUGUUACGCCAGUUUCAUCGCCGCCGCCUGGAAGAUGUACACCCUUCCGGAAAACUGGGGAUACGGUCUUGCCAUCCUCAAACACGUCCUCGGAGCAGGCCUGAUUGCACUCCAGAUCUGGACCUCCGUCAGCAUCUACGAGUCCCUGGGCGAGUUUGGCUGGUUCUUCGGUGACUUCUUCUUCGACGAGGCCCCCAAGUUGACCUACAGCGGCAUCUACCGCUUCCUCAACAACCCCGAGCGUGUCCUUGGCCUGGCGGGCGUCUGGGGCGCUGCACUCAUCACCAGCAGCCGGGCCAUGAUCUUCCUUGCCCUGCUCAGCCAUACCCUGGGAAUCGCAUUCAUCCAACUGGUCGAACGCCCGCACAUGCAAAAACUAUACGGCCGUGGCCUCCGACAGGACGCCGGCUUGGUACGCAGCAUCAAACGCUCACUUCCCCCUUCGUUCAAACAAUUGCACGGCAGCGUCGAUCGGAUCCUGGACGAAUCAAUCGAGUUUAUCGAGGAAGUUCUGGACACCGCACGACCGAAGCUUGCAGCAGGCGUCACCACAUUUGUCAAGGAUACCAGCGAGCUGUUCCACAAGUACCCUGCUCGCAUCACCAUCACCCGCAUCGAGCCUGAUCUUGCUGGCUACGACAUGAACGACUACUCCCUCAGCAUCGACACGUCAGACUGCAUCACCCUCGGUGACAGCGCAGAAGACAAAGCCGAAGUACUCGUCUUUGAAUACGGCUCCCCCAUCAAAGUCAACUGGACUGCACCAUUGAACCAUAGCAAGAAGGAUUGGGUAGGCCUGUACAUGAUUGGCCAAAACCCUUCCCGCGAAGUCACCAACGUCUCCUCCUGGGGCCGAUGGGUAGCUACCAACCAUGGCUCUUUUGACUCGGUACUUAGUGAAAAGGGCCUGAUAAUAAGUGAUGCCGUCGUUUUAAAACCCGGCGCAGCCAACACCAACAAAAACCCGUCCGCCAAAUCAGGCUCGGCUAACAAUGCCGCUUCCCACGAGGUAGCUUCUGGCCAAAUGGUCUUCUCAGGCGACAAGCUAUGGUGGACCCAGGGACUCUUUGAGUUCCGAUAUCAUCAUAACGGCAAGCACAAUGUCAUGACUACUUCGAGACCAUUCGAAAUCCGCAUACCCAAGUUUGACGACGCGCAGAUUCCAGCUCAUGUCUCUGGUAAUGGCGCCGGUUUCAUGACCGCCGCAAUCGAGCAGGCCCUUCUACCCAUUGUGCAGAGUUGCUUUGAUAGAGAUCCUGACAUCUCGCCCCAGACUGCUGAGGAGCCGUUUGGAUGUGAGGCUGAGAGCGAUCUCAAGUAUGCUAAGCGAGUUGUCUAUGUCGUUCAUCAGAUGUUUGGAAUCGAAUUCGCUACUGAAGUCGUUCGCGCUGAUGGCAAUGUACAGAACCUCGCAUGGAGGAUAUGCAAUGCAAAGAAAGUACUGGCACCAUACAGUAUGCGCAAGUCGAACGGCGCCAGCACGCCAACUGGUGAAGCCGAAGAAAUGAAAUAG